UCAAUGCAAACGAGACUGACGUCUCCGCGCAGUGAUUUAUUACCUCGGUGAGGCGGGACCGAGGAUGUCACUCCGCGGAGGGGGUCUAUCAGCAGCUUUGACAUAAAAUGCUCGGGAAUACCCGACAACAGGCAUAUUCCAAAAGUAUAAUUGGCAGUCAUCUUCUCUUUCACUUAACAGGGGUUACAUCCGUAACCUAUAGUUUUCAUCAGAUUUGCAAAAACAAACACAUAAAUCAAAUCAAUUACCAGUCAAACAGGUCUGUCUGGUGUUUCAGCAAGUAAUUUGCAGCCAAGUAAACACAUUCUGCAGAACAUGCAAAAGUUUGUGGCGCACGCUUAGAGAAAGGCACCGAUUGGAUAUCGGGUCGCCUGGAGACCAGUUGGAGAGCUAACACAAUCGAGUGCUUUGUCUGUACAUCCUGAAACAUAGGAUACACAGGUUUCCGUCUCAGGUUCUCUUUGACCCUAGGACCACAACACAAGGAAGAGGAUCCAGGAAGUGGGAUUGGACAAGGUAGCCCUCAUUUGUUUACGUACUGUACGCGGGGACGUGUAAUUGAAGGAACUCUUUCAAAACUGGUACCCUGAAACUUGCUUAUUUCAAGUCUAUUCAUAUUAUCUAUUAUUUCCUUUUAAAAAUGAACAGGACUCAGCUCAAACGCUCCAGAAUUUUGAAAAUGGCCCUUAUGGGUUCGGAUUCCAUGGAGCAUGGGGGAAAGUUCGAGUCUUUCUUAAUGAAAGCAAUCAAAAUAACAGUCGUGGUGGCGCUUUAUUGGUUUAUUUCAAUCACCAUGGUCUUUCUCAAUAAAUACCUGCUGGACAGCCCUGCCUUAAAGCUGGAUGCACCUCUUUUUGUGACAUUUUACCAGUGCUUUGUGACUGUGAUUCUGUGCUGGUGCAUAAGCGUGUUCGCCAGGUUGUGUCCGGAUUAUGUGCAAUUCCCAUCGGUCAGGUUUGACCCCAAGAUUUCGAGGGGGGUGCUACCUUUGUCCAUUGUUUUCAUCGGCAUGAUCACGUUCAACAACCUCUGCCUGAAAUAUGUUGGGGUGGCUUUUUACAACGUCGGAAGGUCCCUGACCACUGUCUUUAAUGUCUUGAUGUCCUACCUGGUUUUAAAGCAGACUACUUCGUUCCACGCCUUGCUGUGCUGUGGGGUGAUUGUAGGAGGCUUUUGGCUGGGAGUGGAUCAAGAAGGGGCUGAGGGAUCGCUGUCCUGGUCUGGGAUACUGUUUGGUGUACUAGCUAGUCUGUGUGUGUCACUCAAUGCUAUCUUUACCAAGAAAGUAAUACCUGUUGUGGAUGGCAGUAUAUGGAAGCUGACCUACUAUAACAACAUCAAUGCUUGUGUCCUCUUUAUCCCUCUCAUCGCCAUUCUCGGAGAAUUCCAAACAGUCUUCUAUUUCGACAAGCUGGACAGCUUGCACUUCUGGGGUAUGAUGACAUUGGGAGGGGUCUUUGGGUUCGCUAUAGGAUACGUCACUGGUCUUCAGAUCAAGUUCACAAGCCCUCUGACCCAUAACGUUUCAGGCACUGCCAAAGCCUGUGUUCAGACAGUCCUUGCUCUGAGCUACUAUGACAGUAUCAAGAGCGUUUUGUGGUGGACAAGUAACUUGAUGGUGCUGGGCGGCUCUUCCGCUUACACCUGGGUUAAAGGAAUGGAGAUGAAGAAGUCCCAGGAAGAACCACAGAUCAAAACCGUAACAGCUAAAAACGACUCUGGUGUAUAGAGGGGGACCCUUGUUAAAUACUGGGGACCUCAGAUAAUGCCAUGAGCCUGUAAGCCCCCUCCAUUGUCUUUUCAGUGGGGUAUUUUAAUGACACGGUGUACUGCAAAGAGACAUGGCAUGAUAUGUCUGCCGUUCUUAUGAGUUGAUGCUUUAAGUACGUUUUAUUUUUUUCUCAUGUCUGAAGUCAAUAAUGUGGGUAGAGGGUCUGGCAGGGUUUUUU